CCCCCUCGGAUCUGUUCCCCCUUCACUUUUCGUUCCGUAAGCAAGCGAGGCUUGCUUUUUUUUUCCCUUUCCAGAGAUGAUGGAAGCGGCGAAGAGGUGGCGGGUGAGCGCGGGGGAAACGGAGGCCUGGAUGGACAGAGCUGUAGAUAUGGCUAAAGAUGCACUUGAGAAUGGUGAAGUACCUGUUGGUUGCCUCAUGGUCUACAAUAAUGAGAUUGUGGGGAAAGGAAGGAAUGAAGUUAACGAAACAAAAAAUGCUACUCGCCAUGCAGAAAUGGUAGCAAUUGAUCAGGUCUUAGAUUGGUGUCAUCAACAUAAGAAGGAACCUGAGGAAGUUUUUACACACACAGUAUUAUACGUCACAGUUGAGCCCUGUAUUAUGUGUGCAGCUGCGCUUCGAAUGAUGAAAAUCCCAUUGGUUGUAUAUGGUUGCCAAAAUGAACGGUUUGGAGGCUGCGGCUCAGUUCUGAAUAUCUCUUCUGCUACCUUAACAGAUACAGGAGAACCAUUUCAAUGCAUAGCCGGUUAUCGAUCUGAAGAAGCUGUGGAGAUGCUGAAAACCUUUUACAGACAAGAGAAUCCAAAUGCACCAAAAUCAAAAGUUCGGAAAAAGGAAUUCAGUAAAUGAGAGGCUGUUGUAAAGUUAACCAGUCUAGAAGAAGAAUAAAUCCUUGAAUGAUCUUCACAAUGCUGACCUUUGCUGGACUAAAUUAUUUAGCUCCAGGAGAUAGAAAAUGACAUACUUGUCCCUCUUUAAUAUGUGGUUGAAUAUAAUAUGCAAGUUAUAAUAAAUUAACAAAUACAGUUGUGGGUCAAAAUGUCUAGUUUGUUUUCCCCUGAGUGCCAACUGGAAAGAUAUUAUUGAAAGAACAAUACCAGCUAAGGCUGAACUCUUGCAACUAUUGAUUUUGAACUUGACAAGAGGUUCAGCUAAUUAGGAUAAUGCAUGCUUUGCCAGUACAGACUCUUGCUGAUUUCUAUUGUCUUGUAAAUUAUUUGGAUAAGAACUCUCUAUAAAACUUUCUGUCAUCUUCCA